GUGUUUCUAGACUCUCUGCUCCUCUUCGGUGUACCUUCCACUCCUAAAUCCCAUUACUAGUUCCUAUAGUUAUCCAAAUAGCUAUUGCCUCUCAAAUCGUCAAACCCUUAUUAGCAAAAUUAAGCGAGUAUGUUUGUCUGUUGAGCAAUGUAGCGGCGCUCCUAGAUCAUCGCCAAACGCACAACUUGUCAAGAUGGACAGGGAAAUGCUACCUCUAUACGCACAUACUGAGCCAAGUUCAUCUCAUGAACCAAAGCGACAAAAGACGGUCCACCCCAGUCUUCGGCGACAUGAUCAGUACACAGUCGGUUGGAUAUGCGCGCUGCACAUAGAAAUGGCAGCCGCUCGGGCUAUGCUAGAUGAGGUCCACGAACGCCUACCGAAGCAUACAGAUGACACCAAUACCUACGUACUCGGAAGUAUCCAGCAGCACAAAGUCGUUAUCGCAUGUUUACCAGACGGACAAUACGGAACUAAUAAUGCAGCAAUAGUCGCGACGAACAUGUUACGAACGUUCAAAACAAUUCGCAUCUGCCUGAUGGUAGGAAUCGGUGGUGGUGUGCCAAGCAGAGCUGAUGUGCAUCUGGGUGAUGUCGUCGUUGGAACAAGAGUUAUGCAGUGUGAUCUUGGGAAAAUCAUCGGAGACGGACAGCUACUGCGAACGGCAAUACCUAGGAUCCCUCAUCAGUCGCUUGGGACGGUUGUAUCCGCCCUACGUUCGAAACACGAACUGAGUCCCAGUCGAGUCUCGACAAUCCGACAGCAGAAUCUAGGUAGCCAACCAGGAUAUAGUCGUCCAAACGUGCCGGACCGCCUCUUCCAUGCAACAUAUGACCACGAGCCUUCAAUCUCUGGCUGCGACGGAUGCGACCAGUCCAAGGUUGUCUCACGAAGCAGCCGAAGGUCGGACGAGAUAAAAAUUCAUUACGGCGCUAUUGCUUCAGGAAACCAAGUCAUGAGAACUGGCAUUACUCGGGACAACGUAGCUCGACAACUAGAUGUCAUAUGCUUCGAAAUGGAGGCUGCUGGUCUAAUUGACAUUUGUCCUUGUCUCCCAAUUCGGGGGAUCUGUGACUACUCGGACUCUCACAAAAAUAAAGAAUGGCAAAGGUACGCCGCAGCAACUGCGGCGGCAUAUGCUCGGGAACUUCUUGAGGAGAUGCCUGUGACUGAAGUAUAUAUAGGGAAUACGUAUGUGCAUAAUCCGUACUAUCGUUCACCCGACGACCGCCGGCAACGUUUGUUAGAUUCCCUCAGGUUUGAGCGGAUCGAUUCUCGCAAAAUGAACAUCAAAGCUGCCCACUCCAAAACGUGUCAAUGGUUUCUUGGUCAUUCUAGCUAUAAAGAAUGGCUCGAUCCUGCCGCAUUGACGCGACACCACGGAUUCCUGUGGAUCAGCGGUAAGCCGGGCGCGGGCAAGUCAACGAUCAUGAAAUUUGCAUACGAGCGCAUGAGGAGGAAGGCCCAAUCUAGGCACACCGUCACGGCUUCCUUUUUCUUUAAUGCGAGAGGGGAGUCGUUAGAGAAGUCGAUCGUCGGAAUGUAUCGAUCAUUGAUACUUCAACUACUUGAAGGGUACUCAGAUCUCCAGACAAUCUUGGACGACUCGGAGCUUGUUUCCCAACAUUUUGAUAGCUGUCCUCCCUUAAACAGUCUUAAAGACCUUUUUUAUAACUCAGUUUCCGCGCUCGGCCAACGUGAACUUACUUGCUUCGUCGACGCUCUUGACGAAUGCGAUGAACAACAGGUUAUCGAUAUGGUCCAGUUCUUCGAAGACCUGACAGAACAAUCUUCGGCUAAGGGUGUCCCGUUCCGAAUAUGCUUCUCUAGCCGACAUUAUCCUUAUAUCGUCAUUCGACAGGGAAUACGACUAACGCUAGAGGAUCAACCCGGUCAUGCAAAAGAUUUGGAGACAUACGCUGCUAACUCUCUCCGUAUUGACGACCCUUCACUUGCCGAAGAGCUACGAGUGCAGCUUUUGGGUAAAGCUGCCGGCGUUUUUAUGUGGGUCGUCUUAGUUGUCGAUAUCCUCAAUAAGGAGUAUCGACGCGGUGGGAUGUUUUUAAAAAAGAGACUCGCCGAAAUACCGAGUGAUCUGAGUGACUUGUUCAGGGACAUCUUGAGACGUGACAAUGAAGAUAUGGAAGCUCUCCUGUUUUGCAUCCUCUGGAUUCUCUACGCAAAACGCCCACUACAACCGAAAGAGUUUUAUCAUGCCAUCUGGUCUGGCUUAUCACUCAAAAGUCUUGUCGAUGACCAAAUUCCGGACGUCACCAUUCCAAAUUCGACAGACGGCCUGGACCAGUUUGACAGGUGUGUCGUCCACUCCUCAAAGGGACUGGCUGAAGUUAUAAAAUCCAAGCAGCCGACCGUGCAGUUUAUCCAUGAGUCUAUCCGAGACUUCCUCAUCAAGGACAAUGGCCUGUAUGAUUUAUGGCCUGAACUUGGUUUGGAUUGUGAGCGACCAGGCCACGAGAAGCUCAAACAGUGCUGCUCCCGCUACAUGAAUGAUACCUUGGUAUAUGCAUCUGUCAGUAAGCUGCUAUCCAUGCCUAACUCAAACGCGCCGAUGGAAAUCUCAAAAAGGUUCCCUUUACUGCAGUACGCUAAUCAGUAUAUCCUUUACCAUGCCAACAUUGCCGCAGGAGCUUUUUCUCAGAAAGAGUUUUUGUCUUCUUUUCCUCUUUCCACCUGGAUCAUGAUCCACAAUACUUUCGAAAAAUUCAAGGCCCGUAGAUAUACUCAAGGAGCAAGCUUGAUGUAUGUUCUAGCGCAUAAUGGACACUCUGAGCUCAUCCGUAUAAGACUCAAAGAUGAGCCGCAAAGUUAUGUGCCUAAGGAGCGAUACAGAUACCCUCUCUUUGCUGCUUUAGCAAACGGUAGGAAAGACGCCGUUGCUGCUCUUUUGGACUUAUCCACCUAUAUAUACGAGGGGGUGGAUAUUACUGAGGGCCUGAAGAGUAGAAAAGACUUGAGGGGAUAUGAAAGUCAGACACCGCUAUCUUGGGCUGCUCAAGAAGGGCGACACGUGAUUGUUAAACAGCUCGUUCAGAACGAAGCAGACAUUAACGAGGAAGAUAGAGCGGGGCUAACACCGCUUUUACGAGCUUCACAAUAUGGCCAUGAGGCAGUAGCAAAGCUUCUUGUCGAGAAGGGAGCGGAGGUCAAUGCUACUGACAAAGACGGUUACACACCACUACUACUAGCUUCAGAAAGAGGCCACGAGACAGUGGCAAAGGUUCUUGUCGAGAAAGGAGCUGAGGUCAAUGCUACUGACCCAUAUGGAUAUACACCACUACUACGGGCUUCACAAUAUGGCCAUGAGGCAGUAGCAAAGGUUCUUGUCGAGAAAGGAGCUGAGGUCAAUGCUACUGACCCAUUUGGACGUACAUCACUACUACAGGCUUCACGAUAUGGCCACGAGGCAGUGGCAAAGGUUCUUGUCGGAAAUGGAGCAGAAAUCAAUGCAAGUGACGAAUACGGAUCCACACCACUAAUACGGGCUUCAAUAUAUGGCCAUGAGGCAGUGGUAAAGCUGCUUGUCGGAAGGGGAGCGGAGAUCAAUGCCAGUAACAAAGAGGGAUACACACCACUAAUAUGGGCUUCAGAUAGUGGCCAUGAGGCAGUGGCAAGGCUGCUUGUCGAAAGGGGAGCGGAGGUCAAUGCCAGUAGCAAACACGGAUCUACACCACUACUACGGGCGUCAUACAAUGGCCAUGAGGCAGUGGCAAAGCUUCUUGUCGAGAAGGGAGCGGAUGUCAAUGCUACUGACUCAUUUGGAUAUACACCACUACUACGAGCUUCAGAAAGAGGCCACGAGACAGUAGUAAGGAUUCUUGUUGGAAAGGCAGGGCACGAUUGAACAGGAGCUGACAUGUGUCUCACGUCGUCGGGUAGGGACAUGGAGUGUCCAACGUAA